GCGACAAGAAGAAGGCGCUCGUCCACUGGAGUCACGCAACACUGACGCUUAUACAGAUUUUCUUUAGGAUGAAGGCGCUCCAGCUCUUGUGUCUGCUCUUCUUUGGAGGUCAAGGGUCAUUCGCGUGCCCCCACCCUUGUACCUGUCAUGGCAGCCAGGUCAACUGCAGCAGCAGGUCUCUCACCUCCUCCUGGCUUCCCAGCAGCUUCCCCAUGGGCACCACCGAGCUGCAUCUCCAUGACAAUCUGCUGACCACACUGCCAAACGGCCUGCUGGACAAGCUGACCUCCCUCCGCCAUGUCUCCCUGCACAGCAACCCAUGGACAUGUGACUGCGGAGUGCUUUACCUGAGAGGUUGGCUUAGACGCCAGUCCAGCAGUGGCGGCGGGGGCUUCUUGUCCUACGGGGGAGUCAACUGCAGCUCCCCUCCUGCCUUGAGAGGGAGACUGGUGGUGUAUCUGACCGAGGAGGAGGUCCUGGACUCGUGUCACUACUGGUACUGCGACCUUGCUUUGGCCUCGCAGGCAUGUCUCUUUGUGUUUGUGCUAGUGCAGGCUGCACUGCUGGUUGCAGUUAUUGUGUUCCUCAGGAGGUUUGAGAGGCUCUCCAAAGAGGCCAGGAGGACCAUGGAGGAGAGCCUCACUGCUGGGGAGGCCUUCAGGGAAAAUGAGUAUGUGGCUUUAAAUGAUCAUGACAGCUGAAAGUGCUCUGCUUAAUACAAAUAGUAAAGUAAAGCUUUUGCAUCAUAUUUUGUCUGAAUUAUUUGUUUUCAAUUAUUUUUAUCUCAUCCUAUUUUCAUUAUAAUUCUAUUUUUUAAUGUAAAAUGUG